AUGGAGUAGAAGGAGAAGAAGGGAAAAAAAUAAUAAGAUUCUACAGUGGACAAAUUGAAAUGCAUUUCAGAAAUAGUCGCCGAAUUGAUUAAAUAAUAUGAUAGCAAUCAGAAGAUUAAUUUAUCACAAAUUAAAGCAGAGUUUUCAAAAAAGAAUAAGAUCUCAGGAGCACCUAAGAUAGUUGAGAUCUUGUCAGCCAUUCCAGAUGACUAUAAGGAUAAAUUGAUACCAAUUUUGAAAGCAAAACCAGUGAGAACAGCAUCUGGUAUAGCUGUGGUUGCUGUUAUGGCUAAACCGCAUAGAUGUCCACAUAUAGCUGUUACAGGAAACAUUUGUAUUUAUUGUCCAGGAGUAAGAGCAUUUAUAUAAUGAUUUUAGGGUCCUGACAGUGAUUUUGAAUAUUCUACUUAAAGUUAUACAGGAUAUGAACCUACAAGUAUGAGAGCAAUUAGAGCCAGAUAUAAUCCAUACAUUCAAGCAAGAGAUCGAAUAGCUUAGUUAAAAUAACUGGGUCAUGAUUGUGAUAAGGUGGAAUACAUUAUAAUGGGUGGAACAUUCAUGUCGUUGGAUUAAGAAUAUAGAGAUUAUUUUAUUAGAAAUUUACAUGAUGCAUUAAGUGGCCAUCGUUCAUAAACAGUCAAAGAAUCAGUCCAAUUCUCUGAGGAGAGUAGAUCUAAGUGUAUAGGUAUAACUAUAGAAACACGACCUGAUUUUUGUCAGAAAAGUCAUUUAAGUGAUAUGUUAUUAUAUGGAUGUACUCGUAUUGAAGUUGGUGUUCAAUCAAUNAUUAUAGAUUGA